AUGAGUGCGAGGACAUCACGUGUGCGAGGACGUCAUGUGUGCGAGGACGUCACGUGUGCGAGGGCGUCACGUGUGCGAGGGCGUCACGUGUGCGAGGACGUCAUGUGUGCGAGGGCGUCACGUGUGCGAGGACGUCAUGUGUGCGAGGGCGUCAAGUGUGCGAGGGCGUCACGUGUGCGAGGGCGUCAUGUGUGCGAGGACGCCAUGUGUGCGAGGACGUCGUGUGCAAGGAAGUCACGUGUGCGAGGACGUCACGUGUGCGAGGACGUCACGUGUGCGAGGACAUCAUGUGUGCAAGGGCGUCAUGUGUGCGAGGGCGUCACGUGUGCGAGGACGUCACGUGUGCGAAGACGUCAUGAGUGCAAGGGCGUCAUGUGUGCGAGGGCGUCACGUGUGCGAGGACGUCACGUGUGCGAGGACGUCACGUGUGCGAGGACGUCACGUGUGCGAGGACGUCAUGUGUGCGAGGGCGUCAUGUGUGCGAGGGCAUCAUGUGUGCGAGGGCGUCAUGUGUGCGAGGGCGUCAUGUGUGCGAGGGCGUCACGUGUGCGAGGACGUCACCUGUGCGAAGACGUCAUGAGUGCAAGGGCGUCAUGUGUGCGAGGGCGUCACGUGUGCGAGGACGUCAUGUGUGCGAGGGCGUCACGUGUGCGAGGACGUCACGUGUGCGAGGAUGUCACGUGUGCGAGGACGUCAUGA